CGCCUCUCCUGCGCUUGCCUCUCUGCUGUUGUUCUCUGCGCUGCGCCUCGUCCCUCCAAUCUCUUCUCCGUGCCUCGCGCUUGCGUGCAUUGCACAGGGACCGCGACAGCCAUGCAGGAGCAACGUCCUCAUCGCAUAGACGUCGUCGUGCGCCUGCCCUUCGACUGGCCCGAGUCUCAACGGCGCUGGCACUGGCUGCAGCUCCUACAGCACGUCGAGGCACCGCGGCAGUUCUCACUCUCCGCCAUGAUCAAGGCCAAGCACAUCGCCGAGGGACCUUACGCCGUCAUCAGCCCCUCGUACAUGCUGCAGCGCUUAGCGCAGCGCUGGGAGCUGGCCGACCUGGUCGAAUGGACAGUGACGAUGUGGGGUGCGCAUCUCACAGCACUGCCAUUGCCGCGGCCGUUCGAGUUUCGUGACGGAGAGGACGAGCGAAGCACAUGCUUCUCUGCCGGACUCGCAUGCGCCGGCGACUACAAGCUGUUCCUCGGGCACACCGUCUUUCGCCCGCGUGGAGAAGCGCGCCAUCUGAGUCCGAAGGACGACUCUGCUGUCCCGCGGCCGAUUGAGAUCGACGAGACCGGCUCGUGCUGCUUCGCGUGGCAAGCACUGCCCGAUGCAGGCGCGACGAAGGACGGUGGCUCGCUCGCCGCUGCAGACGCCUCGCUGCUUUCCCUCAGCUCGAGUCUUGCAGAGACGGGUCAGCACUGGUGGCGCACGUGGACGGAACGCGACGACGCUGACCGUCCCAGCAUCAUCAAGGCCGAACCCAUGACCGUCCUCCUUGUCGACUUCUCGCUCAGCGACCGAUGUGGCUACGUCUCGCACUUGGCUGCAUUGCCAUCGCGCGCGUCUUUCAGCGAGAGCAUCGUCUCGCUUGAAUGCAAAGCGAGUCGUGCGGCCGCGCCAAGUGGCACCUUGACAGCAGAGGCCAGCAAAAGAAAGCAACAAUCACGCACGAGACGCUCCGAGCUUCUGGCAUUGAUGCCAGCGAAAGCGUGCGCUCUCGCCGGGUGUCAUCAACUCGCCUUCUGCGAUGGCGCUCACAUCGUGGAUCUGGCAUCAGCUGCAAGUCUCGAGGCCAUCCGUGCGGCAUGGCUGCGCUGCUGGCAAGCAAUUUACCGGGCGUCUGGAGGGCAAGUGCGCGCAAUCAGCCAGGGCGAGCUACUGGCCGACGCCAUGCUGCGCAUCGGACUGUGCGAUGUUCGUCUAGGCGCCCGCAUCACCUCUACGAACGCCGGAGCAUCGAGCGCUCACGCAGUCUGCAAUAUGCUCCUGCUGAACGCGAUUGCGCAUCGGGCGUACGACUACGGUGUCUGGCUCAUCUCGCCGAACGGAGACACCUGGCAGGUACAAGACGAAGGCGGUGACCUGCAUGACCUCCUGCGGAUGUUACCGCCUGAUACUGCGGAGGCGUCCCACACGCCAAUCCAAGCCCACGGACACGCGUACCCGAUGCGCCUGAAACUGACUCCCGCAGGCAAUGGGUUCGACAGACUGCCGCAGAUCCAUCUCGCCACCUUGGCUCGUCUCUUCGCGCAGUUCGUGCCGACCGACACCAAGGGCGUCAUCCGGGACCGCCUCGGCAUGACGGCUCCUCUGCCGGACGCAUCUACGCCUGGCGAGCCCGGCAGUGAGCCUAUGCCUGCGCCAUCGCGCAGCAUGGGAAGUGCCGAGCGCUCUGCUGCGCCGUCAUGCCUGACGAGCGUCGACAGAGGGUCGCCUGGACCUCGUGCGAACAAGAUCCACGCGGAGGACCUCGCCAACAGCGUCACAUCCGACGACGACAUCGCAGGUCCCGCCUCUCGUGACAGCGGCAGCGAAGCGUCUCAGUCGUCCUUUAACGCAUUCCUCGCCUCCGAGCAGGCUGACGAAGAGCGGAGGAGGGGCUUGCAGAAGGACCGCGCUUUGGGCAUGCGAUGGCUCGCGGUCGCAUUCACGGCCGCUGCCACCGACCUCGAGAGAUUGACAUCGGAGGGCACGAGUGCUGCAUGAUGCGCCGUCCUCACAACCUCCCCAUCUCAGUACGCUGCGCAUCUUGCUCCUCGCGCUGUCUGCUCAUCCGUCCGCGUCGCCAUUCAUCAGCCCUCUCGCUCCAACGGCGCGUACGUCGAGCCAGCUUCGCAUCGAGAUGAUACCAACCAUCCUAACCCAUCGCGUCACCACCAAUCGUCCAAUCACAUGUUCUC